ACCUUGGACCCAGAGUCUGCAUGUCCCGUACGGUAAACUCAGAUAUUUAAAAGUCCAGUUGUCUGAAGGGACUCUUCCACACUCAACCAAUCCCGAUAGAUCGGAAAUGUGCACGACCUUCCACGACCAAUUCAUACGCCCUGCCCGUGAUGGACAUAUUAUCUCUAUUGAAUAAAGACGAUGAUCGCAAUCCUUUCAACCCUCCCUCUACCAGCCAGCAACGGCCGACCAGUAAGAGGAGGGAUGCAUUUCAGGGAUGCAAUCAUGGCGUUUUCCCAUCGUACCAUACAAGUCUAGUGUCCCAAAGCGUGGCAUCCAUGCCUUCAUCAGUACUAUCUGAUGUCAAUUGGUCAGAGGCGUCUCGUGUUGCUGUUUUGUCUGAAAUGCCCCGCCGAUCUACCACAACGAGCAAUGUGUGCGCAGUACAUUCAAGGUGGUGGAUCUCAGGAGUAACCUGCCGUCCCGCGGAUGAUGCUGCCAUUAUCUAUCUAUCUGAAUCUAUCCGGGGAUCUCCUAGAAUAGCUAUCCAGCUGGCUUUAGGACGAGGUUAUAGGUUCACAGUCAGGAGAAGAGACAUGCUGCAUGGAUAUCAACCAGAAAGGUCCUGCUUGAACUGCCACUAUGUGGAAUACAACUUGAGGAGGGCAAGAUAUCAAGGGUCCUCAUUGAACACUACUCGGAAGGGGCUUGGCCCGAAGGCCUCCAUUAUCAUUCCUCCGCCACGACAAGUUCGGCUUGGGGACACAUUCUACUUUCCUCUGGUUCUCCAGGCUCGUGAAGAUACUAUUGAGUUGUCUGCGAGGCUGAAGAUUGAUGAUAUCGAUUCCUCCUUGGACUUUAGCAAGACCCUGAUAUUCCAAAAAACUUUCUUCCUUUUGACUCCUCUGGUGUUAAACCGAGCGGGGAUUUGGAGCAUCGUAAUCUGCAUUCAGAGUCAGGCUGAAUCAUUUUUCAUGAGUUUCGACGUUCAUGUUGUGAAUUUCAGCCCUGUGUAGUACAGUACAACACAGCCUCUAGGACAUGGCGUGA